AUGCGGGCGCUCACCGUCCUCGCCGCGCUGCUGGCGCGGCCCACCGCGGCGGCGGCCGGCUCGGCCGCACGCGCCGGCUCGGCCAGCAUCGCCGUCGACGCUCGGGGCGGCACAGGCCAUUGGAAGAUGAAGCUCAACGAAAGUGAAGUCGCCGCUUUGAGGCAGUCUGGUCGCGUUGCUGCGCAUCUCACGCCCCUCAUUGGUCCGUACAGCAGUUCGAAUUCUAAGGUCGUCCAAUGGCAGCUGACCCUGAUGAAGUUAGCAGGGAUCAAAGGUGUUGUCAUCAACUGGUACGGUACAAGGGAUGACUGGGGGGACUUUGCAUUCAAUUUGUUGGGCGCAGACGAGAUAGCAAAACAAGCUUCAGCCAUGGGCAUGACUUUCACCAUCUGUUACGAGGAUUGGACUACGGUUGCUCGCAGAGGGGACGGGUGGCAAGGCGUAGAGCCCACCGGGUCUGACAGGACAGUGGGUUUACAACAUAUGGUAGCAGAUUUUAAGUACAUCAGGGAAAAGUACAUGCCAAUGCCGGGCUUCCUUGUUGACAGCAGAGUUUCAGCUCCGAGGGCCGCUCGCAGCCCCCGGCGGGGCGGGCGCCCGCAGCCGGGCUACAUGGGGGGGCACGCGAGCAGCGGCGGCGGCCGCGGCAGCGGCUGCGAGGAGCUCCUCGGUUUCGGGGGCACCGUGGCGCCGGCGCCGCCGCCGCCGCGCAGCGGCAGCGGCGCGGCGCUGGAGCUGCUGGUGCGCCCAGCGCCCGCGGGGCGUGCGGGCGGGGGCCCUCUGCCGGCGGGGCGAGGAGGCUGCGGCCUCCAGGCGGUGCCCGCGGACCUGCAGGCGCACCUCGCGCUGGCAUUCCUCGACGGGGCGCGGCCCGUCGCGCACCUCGCCUGCGCGUCGCGCCUGCUGCGCGCCGCGCUGUGCGACGGCUCCUGGCGCCUCCGCGUGGGCGGCCUGAGGAUGUCGCGGGUGGACUGCGCGGAGGAGUGCCUGCGGCGCGCCAGCCUCCCGCACCUCGCUGUCCUGCGGCUGGACCUCGCUGCCGCUGCCGGCGGCCCCGCCCGCGCGGCGGUGGAGGGCUUCGUGGCGCGCCUGGCCGACUGCCUCGCGGACGGCGCGCUGCAGCCCCAGGCGCUGGCGCUGCGGCUGGCCGCGUUUGACGCGGCGGGCGACCGCCUGCGGCUGGGCCAGAGGGCCUGGGCCUCGCUGGUGCGCGGGUUGGGCGCGCCGGCCUGUGGGCGGCUGCGGGCACUGGAGCUGAGCUUCCUGCCGAUCAAGUUAUCGCAGGCCCUGCAGCCGGUCGCCGCUGCGGGGGAGGCGUGCCUCAGCUUCGCGGCCGUGCUGGCCCGCAUGUUCUCACUCGAGGAGCUCGUGCUCACGCACGACGACAUCUUUGGGGAGACGGCCCUCUUGCUGGGACGGUCCCUCGGCGAGCUGCCGCGCCUGACGUGCCUGGACCUCACGCGCAACCGGAUCUCCAGGCAGGCGAUGGACGGCAUGCGGGCGGCGGUGAGCCCUACGGUCGCCAUACGCGGCGCCGAGUCGCAGACGUUCGCUCCGUGCUAGGGCCGCCACGCUGUACAGUGCAUGGUGUGCGGGUGCGGGUGUGCGGGUCGGGGUGGCGUGUUGCUGGGCUUGCUACAGCUCGUGCCAGCUCAGCAGAACAGCAGGGUAGGCCUCCGCUCGGGCUUCAGAGCAGGAGGAGGAGGAGGAGCAGGGGCGGCAAAGGUCGCUUCCGAGCCAGCGUCGCGCAGGAGCGCGGUACCUUUGGCUCUCCAGCCCGACGCGCGGCCGCGUCUUCCCCAGCCCCGCGCAGAACCCACGUGAACCCACCGGGUUUCGCUCUGCCCCGCUCGCCGAUCUGCUCACCCUUCCGCCCUCGCACUCCAGUCCCCGACCCCGUCACUUCGCUCCUGGCCGCCCCGCCCCGCACGCCCUCGUCGCUCCUCCGCUCCAGCGGAGCACCGUAGGAAGAAUUCGGAGAGCCAUUCGUUUUUUGGGGCCUGGUGUGACGUGCGCGAACGCGCCGUGUGCACGAACGCGGGCCUGCCUGGCGGUCUCUCCAGAGAGCCUUCCGCCACAAACAGCACGCAUCCCUUCGCUCCAGUGGGAGGAGGAAGGGGACGACGACAGGAGGUUGAGGGCAACGGGGAG